AUGGGGACCCUCCUUGGAUCAGCCCUUGGUCCGGCGGAGAUGGCAACUAUCCACCGGUCUGCCUCAUCUGGGGGACUCUACAUUAGGACGAAGAUAACUCUGGACCUUCAACUCCCACUCCCUGACGAGGUGGCUGCUGCACAUGAGGAUCCCGCAAAAGGUAGCUUCAAGGCUCAGGUGAAAUUUGAAUCCCUGCCCCAAUUUUGCUUCCUUUGUGGGGUGGUUGGUCAUGUGAACAGGUUCUGUCCGAAGAAGGAUGAACUCUCUGGCAAUCCCCCAAGGUAUGGAAAACAUUUGGUGGCAAGUGAAUUUGGGCCUUGGUUGAAUGAGGCUACGCUAUCAAGGAGACGUAAGCGGUUUGUGUGGACCUUGGCUGGGAACAACCAUGGGAUAAGACCAUCUGAGAGACGAGUGCCCACCAACCUCCUCUGUGCUGCACCGACCCAGGUUGCUUCUUUGCCAGUGGGGAUGACAUCACACCUUAGCAAUCUGCGGAUUUCCACAACGAUGCAGACUGAAGCUCCGGCCAAUCCCCCGCGGUUUUUCCAUCAUCAAGACUUGGACCUGGGCGAGUUGAGGGAGCCAACAGCAAAAAGGGCUUGUUUAGGCCCUCAAGUGACAUCUGACAUCACAAACAAGGAUAGUAGGGUGGAGGUAGCCGGCCCUAAUCGGUCCCCAACUGAUAGAUGA